AUGGUAAUUUAUUCGGUGCUCGUCGCGGAAAAUGUUUCGCAUUGCAACGAAACGAUCAGUCAGCCAGACGUUGAAAGGAGCGCGUCAACAGUCCAGCCAAGCUGCUCCACCACCACCAAAACCCCCAGUUCACCAACCAAAGUAAGUAAAAUAUCGAUUUUACACCUGCAAAACCAUGAUUACAGGAAAUCGGGUGGUGGAAAAGGUCUGGCUCUUGUCGGAGCAACUGUCGCUGGUGCUGGAGGUGUUGUUGGAUACUCGUACGUCGACCCAGAGUUCCGUCACAAGGUCGAGGUGACCGUUCCAGGAGCCGAGCAGGUUCUCGAGGCUGUUCUGGGAAAAUCUAACUUGGACAAGACCAAGAAAGAGAUCAAAGAAGCUGUUGUGGCUGCUGUCCCCAAGAAGAAGGAAGUUCUCCCGCCAUUGGAGUUGGCCCCACUGCCACCAGUGCUUCCAAAAGAGCCAGUUCACGUAGAUCCAAUCGACGUUCGCAAGGAUGUCACACCAAUCGUUGCAAAGCCUAGCCCAGAUGUUGUCGUUGCCAAGAACAAGCAACUCGAGGAUAGACUCAAGAUUGCUAUUCACUCGGCUGAAGGAAAGGUCCGUAUUGCCACUGAGGCCAAGCUGAAGACUAUCAACGCCAUCAACGAGCACGCCGCUGUCUUGAAACAAACUGUGGAUGAUGCUAAGAAUGCCAACUGGGAGAACGUGACCGCUGCACUUCAGAGAGCUGAAGCAGAAGCUCGUGUGGAUAGCGGACAAGAGGUUGAUGGAAGAAAUUACAUCGAUAAUCUUCGCAAGAUCGUUAACGAUGGAAAGAAGGAUUCAACCACCGCCACCAAUCCCCUCCUCCUCAACGCCCAAGAAACUGCCAACAAGCUUACCCAUCAACUCGACGAGAUCAAUGCUCUGGUUAACAAGGUAUCUAGCUCUACUCAAAAUCUGAUUAUUCAAAAGGUUUUUCAGUCCCGCCAAGAGUCCGCGGUCCUCAACCAGUACAAGGACUUGAUCGAAAAGUCCCGCCAACAAUUUGCGCUGGAAAUGAAGAGCAUUCUUCCAAACGUUGAUGUUCAUGCAAAAGUAAGAGUCGGGGAGGAAGUGGGAAAACCCUUCAAAAAGAAAGAGUGGUUCGGUGACAAGAAGGGGAAUUGGAAGCCAGAAAAAAGAAAAGAAAAGAGAUUGAAAGACAAGAAUCUCAACGAAGAAGAGCUUAACGCUCUCAUUGCUCAUGCUCACUUGAAGGUGGACCAACUUCGUCGUCAGCUUUCCGAUCAACAAGUUCGCGAGGAGUUGCACAUCUCGAAAGCUCUUGAAGAGCAACGCGCUGCCGACGAGCGUAUUGCUUCUGAGAAGCUGAGCAUUGAGAUGAGCCGUGUUGGACUUCAAAAAGAGCUUGAAAUUGAGAGAGCUCUCGUCGAAAGCCGCAGCUCAUGGGAAGGAGAGCUUGAGGACAAACUGAAGCGCACCGCUUCUGCUCACUCUGAGCAUUUGGAACAAGUCAUUCGCACCCAGAGACAACUGUUCGAGAUUGAGCAAAACCAGAAGGUCGAGGAAGCUGUUCUCAAGGAGCGUGGACUUCAUAGCAAACAAGUUGGAGCUGCUUUGAGCAGAUUGGCUGGAAUCGAGGAGGCACUCGGAAGUCGUGUGGCACUUGACAACGAGAAUCGCCGUGCUAAGCAGUUUUGGAUCGCGUGCCACAACUUGAUCGACACCUUGAAGCAUGGAAACAAAGCUGGAAACAAUAUUGAUGAGAGAAGACUUCCCUUGAAUGAGUCGUUAAACCUGCUCAAGGAGGUUAGUGUAAACCCAGAGGACGAAUUCGUCACCGCCAUCAUUGGAUCCUUCCCAACACAAGCGACCACUGUCGGAACUUACACGGAACAAGAUCUUAAGAAUCGAUUCGAGCAACUUUACAAGGUUGGCCGCAAGACUGCGACCAUUGAUGAGAAUGGUGGAGGCCUCGGUGCUUACUUCUGGUCUUAUGUGAAGUCGAUCUUCCUAGUGGAUAUGCCAAGACAGUACAGCGAAUUGGACGCAAUUGAUGUCAAUAACGCUGACAACUAUGAGAUCCUUUCCCGCGCUAAGCAGUACGUUCACAAUGGAGAUCUUGACAAGGCGAUUCGUGUUGUGCAACUUUUGAAGGGACAACCCGCCCAUUUGGCGCACGACUGGGUACUCGACACUCGUGCUUAUCUCGAGUCGCGUCUUCUUGCUCAACUCCUCGUUGCUCACGCCGCCGUCUCUUCGAUUCGCUCCACUUACUAG